CUCUUUUCUGCUCCUUUUGACAUUCAUUCUCCCUCAAAACACAAUCAUCUUCUACACUCACUAAAGCUUACUCUCUAAGCUCUCUCUUCUUUCCUAUCUUCUCCAAUUAUCAAUAUGGAUACCAAUUCAAAGCAAUUUGAAUCCCUUCACUUUGCUAUAACAUUAAUUUUUAUGGCUGUUGUCUCAGUUCUUGCAGGGAUAAAAGCCGGUGCUAGUUCCUCCAUUAAAACUGACGCUGAAGCGCUUUUGCUAUUCAAGAAUAUGAUACAAAAAGACCCUGGUGGAGUUUUAUCAGGUUGGCAGCUAAAAAAUAAUCCAUGUUCAUGGAAUGGUGUUACUUGCAAUAAUCUUGGAAGAGUUACAAAUCUUGAUCUUCAACAAUCUGAACUUGUUGGAGAGGUCUCUUUUUCUCCCUUUUCAUCUCUAGAUAUGUUGACUGUUCUAAAUCUGUCUUCGAAUUCGUUCUAUGUAAAUGCCUCCACCUCUUUAAGUCAACUCCCUUAUAGUUUGAAGCAACUAGAACUUUCCUUUACUGGACUUGCAGGUUUUGUUCCUGAGAAUUUCUUUGCAAAAUGUUCAAAUCUUGAAUAUGUUAGUCUUUCUUUUAAUAAUAUCACAGGUUCUUUGCCUCAGAAUUUCUUGUUGCAUAUAGAUAAGUUGCAGUAUUUAGCAAUGGAUUAUAAUAAUCUCACAGGUUCAAUUUCUGAUAUCAAGAUUGAGACUUGUAAUUCCUUAUUGCAUCUUGAUUUAUCAGGGAAUCAAAUAUUUGAUUCAGUUCCUGCUUCUUUGUCUAAUUGCACAACACUUCAAGAAUUGGUUUUGGCUGAAAACUCCUUUUCUGGUUCAAUUCCAAGUUCAUUUGGUGAGCUUAAAAGCUUACAAAGAUUGGAUCUUUCCAAAAAUCAUUUAUCUGGUUGGAUCCCAUCUGAAUUUGGAAACUCAUGCACUUCACUUGUGGAACUCAAGCUUUCUAAUAAUAACAUCACUGGUUCAAUUCCAAAUUCCUUCUCCUCAUGUUCUUCUCUUCAGAAUCUUGAUUUAUCCAACAAUAAUCUAACCGGUCCGUUUCCUGAUUCUAUCCUUCAGAAUUUAGGUUCUUUAGAGACUUUACAAAUGAGUAGCAAUAAAAUCUCAGGACCAUUUCCUGCUUCCCUUUCAUAUUGCAAGAAACUACGCGUCGUUGACUUCAGCUCCAAUAUGAUUAAUGGGAUGAUUCCACCUGAUUUAUGCCCUGGAGCUUCCUCAUUGGAGGAGCUAAGAGCACCAGAUAAUUCACUUUAUGGUCCAAUUCCAUCUCAACUUUCUCAAUGUUCACAGCUUAAGACAAUUGAUUUUAGUUUGAAUUAUUUGAAUGGUUCAAUUCCAUCAGAAUUAGGAAAGCUUGAGAAUCUCGAGCAGCUUAUCGCUUGGUAUAAUAGCUUGGAUGGGAAUAUACCGGCAGAGUUAGGGAAGUGCAGUAAUCUUAAGAAUCUUAUUCUGAACAAUAACUACUUGAGUGGGAAAAUUCCAGCUGAAUUGUUUAACUGUGGUAAUCUUGAGUGGAUUUCCCUCACAAGCAAUGGACUAAGUGGUGAGAUUCCUAAAGAGUUUGGUUAUUUGUCAAGAUUGGCUGUUUUGCAACUAGCAAAUAACAGUUUGAGUGGUCAGAUUCCAAGUGAAUUAGUCAACUGCAGUAGUUUGGUUUGGCUAGAUUUAAGCAGCAACAGGUUAACGGGCGAGAUCCCACCUCGACUUGGUAGGCAGCAAGGAGCUAAAGCACUGAGUGGAAUUCUUUCAGGUAACACUUUGGUGUUUGUCCGAAAUGUGGGAAAUUCGUGCAGAGGCGUUGGAGGAUUGCUCGAGUUCUAUGGAAUUCAUCCUGAAAGGCUUUUACAGGUUCCUUCGCUAAAGAGUUGUGAUUUCACUCGGUUGUAUUCUGGUCCCGUUCUUAGUGCUUUUACUCGAUAUCAGACUAUCGAGUACCUUGAUCUUUCUUACAACGAGCUUCGUGGCAAAAUUCCUGAUGAAUUUGGAGACAUGAUAGCUUUGCAAGUUCUUGUUAUAUCACACAACCAUUUAUCGGGGGAGAUUCCUUCAUCACUUGGAGGGCUAAAGAAUUUGGGAGUGUUUGAUGCAUCACAUAACAGAUUGCAGGGUCAUAUUCCUGAUUCAUUUUCACGUCUUUCCUUUUUGGUGCAAAUUGACCUUUCCAACAAUGAAUUGACAGGUGAAAUUCCAUCAAGGGGUCAGCUCAGUACACUUCCUGCAAGCCAAUAUGCAAACAAUCCAGGACUCUGUGGGGUUCCAUUGCCCGAAUGCCAAUAUACCGAUCCACCUACCACAAAUGGAGAUGGAGGAAGGACCGGAAAAAGAAGUUCAGCUGCAUCUUGGGCUAAUAGCAUUGUUCUUGGAAUUCUCAUUUCCAUUGCCUCCAUUUGUAUUUUGAUAGUUUGGGCGAUUGCUAUGCGUGCAAGGCGAAGAGAGGCAGAGGGGGUGAAAAUGCUUAGUAGUUUGAGUACUAAUUAUGCAGCCUCAACAUGGAAGAUUGACAAAGAGAGAGAGCCAUUGAGCAUCAAUGUGGCCACUUUCCAAAGACAACUUAGGAAGCUCAAAUUCUCACAGCUGAUCGAGGCAACGAAUGGAUUCUCAGCUGCAAGUCUAAUUGGCUCAGGAGGAUUUGGAGAAGUGUUCAAGGCAACAUUGAAGGAUGGAUCAAGUGUUGCAAUCAAAAAACUCAUCAGGCUAAGUUGCCAAGGCGACCGAGAGUUCAUGGCCGAAAUGGAGACACUAGGAAAGAUCAAGCACAAGAACCUUGUACCCCUCUUGGGAUAUUGCAAAGUUGGUGAGGAGAGACUUUUGGUCUAUGAGUUCAUGGAAUAUGGAAGUCUUGAAGAAAUGCUCCAUGGGAAGACAAGAACGCGCGAUAGGAGAAUCCUAACAUGGGAAGAGAGGAAAAAGAUAGCAAGAGGAGCAGCCAAAGGACUAUGUUUCCUUCAUCACAAUUGCAUCCCACACAUCAUACACCGCGACAUGAAGUCAAGCAACGUGCUUUUGGAUAACGAAAUGGAUGCCAGGGUCUCGGAUUUUGGGAUGGCACGGCUCAUAAGCGCGCUAGACACACACCUAAGUGUGAGUACACUAGCAGGAACACCAGGAUAUGUGCCACCUGAGUACUAUCAAAGUUUCAGGUGUACAGCGAAGGGGGAUGUUUACUCGUUUGGCGUCGUGCUUCUUGAACUCUUAACAGGUAAAAGGCCAACAGAUAAAGAAGAUUUUGGUGACACUAACUUGGUAGGAUGGACUAAAAUGAAAGUAAGAGAAGGGAAAUCAAUGGAAGUAAUUGAUCAAGAAUUGUUAUCAGUGAGUACUAAAGGGAAUGAUGAAGCAGAAGUAGUAGAGGUGAAAGAAAUGGUAAGAUACUUGGAAAUAACACUGCAAUGUGUAGAUGACUUUCCAUCAAAAAGGCCUAAUAUGUUACAAGUUGUGGCUAUGUUGAGAGAGCUUAUUGCUGGAAGUAGUUCAAGCAACAGUGGUUAAAGAGCAAACCACAAAACAAAAAGGAAAAAAAGAACAGAAAGAAGUUUUUUUCUCAGGAUUAGUAGUGAAGAAAAAACUAAAGAAUGUAAGAUUCUUUUUUCUUUUCUUUGUGCAUGUAUUCAGAUGCAUUUGUACCUAGUGAGCAACUUCUCUUGCUUUUUGCAAUAUUAAUUAUUUCAUGUAUCA